AGUCUUCAAGUGAGAGGAAUGGCUAGUAACGUUGCUUCGUCUCUGGAAAGCUUGAACAAUCCGGAUUCCAUUUCUUAUCUGACGCAGCAGGAGGCGGCUGAGAUUGAUGAGGUUCUUAUUGGUCCUCUUGGGUUUAGCAUCGACCAGUUAAUGGAAUUGGCUGGUUUGAGUGUUGCAACAUCUAUAACUGAGGUUUACAGGCCAAAUGAAUAUAGUCGUGUUCUUGCUAUUUGCGGUCCAGAAAAUAAUGGUGGUUAUGGUCUGGUUGCUGCUCGUCAUCUACAUCACUUUGGGUAUAAACCAUUUGUUUGUUAUCCAAAACGUACUCCGAAGCCUCUUUACACUGGUCUGGUUACCCAGCUCGAAUCACUGUCAGUCCCUUUCUUGUCAAUCGAAGACCUGCCUGCGGACCUGUCAAAUGACUUUGACAUUAUAGUAGAUGCACUGUUUGGAUUCUCAUUCUAUGGUAACCAAAGGCCUCCUUUUGAUGACCUCAUCCGAAAGAUGGUUUGUUUGCACAUUAAUAAUCAAAUAUGUCAAAUAUUACCUGCUAUUGUGUCUGUGGACAUUCCCUCCGGGUGGCAUGUUGAAGAAGGUGACAUAAAUGGUGAAGGCAUUACUCCUGACAUGCUGGUUUCAAUAACUGCUCCAAAGUUGUGUGCCAAGAAGUUUUGUGGUCCUCACCAUUUCCUUGGGGGUAGAUUCAUUCCAGCUGCUAUUGCAGAUAAGUUUAAACUUCAUCUUCCACCAUAUCCUGGCACUUCCAUGUGUGUACGGAUAGGAAAGCCUCCACCAAUUGAUAUAUCAUCUCUAAGAGGGAACUACAUUUCAACAGAGUUCCUUGAGGACCAUGUGGGAGCUGACCCUAUAGAUCAGUUCCACAAAUGGAUUAAUGAUGCAGUGGCAGCUGGGUUGCAGGGACCAAAUGCUGUGGCUUUGUCAACUGCCAGAAAAGAUGGAAAACCUUCAUCACGAAUGGUCUUGCUUAAAGGAGUUAACAAAGAGGGUUUUGUUUGGUCUACCAAUUAUGAAAGUCGGAAGGCAUGUGAAAUAUCUGAAAAUCCUCGUGUGGCACUUCUUUUCUAUUGGGAGGGUCUUAAACGCCAGGUAAGAGUGGAAGGGAAUGUGCAGAAGCUUUCUGAUGAAGAAUCUGAGAAUUACUUCCAUACUCGUCCUCGUUGUGCUCAGAUCGGAGCAUUAGUUAGCAAGCAGAGUACCAUUAUUCCUGGAAGGGAUGCUCUUCAUCAAGAAUAUAAAGAACUGGAAGCAAAAUUUUCUGAUAGAACUAUGAUUCCAAAGCCCAAAAGCUGGGGAGGGUACCGUCUAAAACCAGUAAACAUUGAGUUUUGGCAAGGACAACAGUCUCGUCUGCAUGAUCGGUUGCAAUAUUCUCUUCAAGAGAUCGAUGCGAGGCCAGUAUGGAAAAUUAAUCGGUUGGCCCCAUGACUAGUAUUUUGAUUUCAUCUUGUAAUGAUCUUGAUACGGAUCCAUUUAUUGCUUUUACAUAUUGUUCAGUUAAACUGGUGAGAGGCAUGCAUAAUGCAUCGCAUGAUUUUCAUGGUUAAGUUCA